GUGCGCUCGGAGCGGGAGGGCGAAGGAGCCUCGGCCGGACUCUCCUCCUCCGGAGACUUCCAGCAGCCGGCUGCCAGGGCGCCCGACGCCCACGAUGCCCCGGGCGCCGCACGGAGGAGGACGCCGCGGGAGCCUUGACCCAUGACCGCCUCCGCCGCGAUGUUCUACCGCUCUCCCUCGGCCAUGUCGCCGCCGUCCAAAGGCAAAUUCAAGCGGCAGAGCCGGAUCUUCUCCCAGGUCUUGCACCGGACUCUGAGCUACAAGGACCGCCUCUCUGUGGCCGCGUGCCCGGCGGAGGGCAGCGAGGACCCCUCUGAGCUCUCCACCCAGGCCUCGGCCCCCGGGGUGCUCAAGAUCUUCGGAGGCGCCGUCUGCACGGGGGCCCACUACAAGAGCGUCCUGGCCACGGCCAGCUCCAGCGCCCGGGAGCUGGCCAAGGAGGCCCUCGAGCGCUACGGGCUGAGCCAGGUCAGCGCGGGGCGCUACGUCCUCUGCGACGUCGUCGGGAGGUUCGGAGGCCCCGAGAGGCAGUGGCAGAUGGAGGGGCUGAGGGUCCUGCAGGACCACGAAAAGCCGCUGCUGAUCCAGGAGCUGUGGAAGCCGCGCGAAGGAUGCUCCCGGAGGCUGGAGCUCCGGAAGAGGGCGGAGGUGGAAGAGCUGGCCUCCAGGGAUAAAGACACCGUCACAGCAGGGAUCAAUGCUCAGGCCCGGAAACUCCAGCGCAACCGCACCAAGGGCGCCAUGACGCUUCUGACGGGGUGCAAGAGCCACGCCACGCAGACCUCCCUCCGCCGCACCGUCAGCGAGACCAGCCUCAGCCAGGCGGGCAGCGCCAGCGCCGAAGGAGGGCAGCAGGAGGAGCAGCUGAGGAGGCACUACUCCACGCUGCCCGAGACCCUUCAGUGCCUGGAGAGCGGCAGAGAUGCGCAGACGGCGCCCGCCGGGGACCAGAGUGGCAACAGCCUGCGCUACUCGCUGUACCAGUCUCCGCACCUGCUGCUCCUGCAGGGCUACAGCCAGCAACACGACAGCUUGGUCUAUUUGCUGAAUCGCGACCAGCACACCGUCGGCCAAAGGACUCAAGCCAGCAAGCCCAGCAUCAGCCUCUCGGCUCCGGACAUCCUCCCCCUCCAUUGCACCAUCCGGAAGGUCAAGGCGUCCGGCCGCUCAAGCCACCGCCCAGAGGAGAAGCUGGUCCUGGAGCCCAUCGCCGGAGCGGCCGUCUCCAUCAACUUCUCCGAGGUGAGCAGGACGGUGGCUCUCCACCACGGCGACCUCAUCUCCCUCGGCCUCUACUACCUGCUUCUCUACAAGGACCCCGUGAAGACGCAGCCGCUGCCCGCCCAGACCCUCAUGAGGCUGAAGGCCGCGCGCCGAGCCUCCGAGCCUGAGCUGCCCUCCACCUGCAAGGUCUGCGGCAGCCAGGCGAGGGACAAGGGCUCGUCGGCCAAGAAGGUGCCCGCGCCGCAGGGACCCUCUGGGCGGAGGGGAGGCCGCCGGAAGCUGCAGCUAGAGUUUGACAAGGCCAGCGAGGACCUGCUGCUGCGGAGGAUCGUCACACUCAUCGAGCCCACCAGCGAUGACCACAAGCUGGCUCCCGCCUUCCUCCUGUGCCUCUGCGUCCAGCACUCGGCCGGCCACUUCGGGCCCGGGGAGUUUGGCCAUCUCCUCCUCAAGUUGGCCAAGAUGAUACAGAGGACCGUGUGGGAGAAAACAAACGAACUAGCCGAGAAACAGUCGCAACACCAGGAUCCUGCGUCUCUCUCCCGCUUCACCAUCAAAGACCUGCUGCCCGACUUGCAGCACGUCCUUUUCUGGAUGUCAAACUCCAUCGAAAUCCUCUACUUUGUCCAGCAGAAAUCCCCGGUUUACAUCCAGAGCAUGGAAGAGGAGCUGGACAUGAAAGGAUCUAAGGAAUCUCUCAUUUCCCUGACCAUCACUGCCAGCGAAGAAGCCAUGACGGUCCUUGAGGAAGUCAUUAUGUAUACCUUCCAGCAGUGUGUCUAUUACAUCUCCAAGUCUCUGUACGUGUCUUUGCCGCCCUUGUUGGACUGCAACCCCUUCCAGAGCGAAGGGCGAGAGGGCUGGCUCUCUUCCCCGCCUCUUCCCGAGGAGAUACGCAAAGUGGUGUCGUCCUACCAGGCCAGUUUGGACCUCCUCCGCCAGUAUGAGGUGCACCUCGAAAUCAGCUCCCAGAUGUUUGCCUACCUGUUCUUCUUCUCCAACACGCUCCUCUUCAACCAGCUGAUGGAAAAAGGCUCCUCCUUGGGCUGCUUCCAUUGGUCGAAAGGCGUGAGAGUCCGUGCCACCCUUCGGCUGCUCCUGGAAUGGGCACAGCGUGUGGGCUUUGGGCAGCUGGCAGACGAGUUCUUUGGCAAGCUCUCCAGCGUGGCCAGCCUCUUGGCCAUGCCAAACUCCCAGCUGGCGCAGAUGACCUGGCCUGUGCUGAGAGCCGAAUUCCCUGCCCUCAAUCCUGCCCAGCUGCACCACAUCCUCACCCAGUACCAGGCCUCGUCCGACAUGGGCUGUGUACCAGCCUGGCAGCCCAGUAAGGAGGAUAGCCUGGCAGCCUUCAGGACAGAUGACAUCCUGGAGUCUUUCGACAGCCACCCGCCAAUCAUGCUGCCCAGUGGCGGGUUCAAGGUGGACCUGGAGGCUGAACACCUGGACGACAACAUUUACCAGCACUUCCUCUACAUCCGCCACUUCCUGUGGAGCCUGCGCAGCAAAAGCCCCCACCCCAGUGACUCGCCCGAAGCGGAGACCCCCAAGGUAAAACUCUUUUGCCUUUCCAGAAUCUUGAGGGUUUGA